GGUGGUUCACAUGCCAUGAACGCCCAAAGCCGAACGCUGCGCUGAGCACUGUGGCCUGCAAAGAACUGCGUUGACAUUCAACUAUAAUCUUACCUCUCUACUAUUCCGCCCUCCAGCUCGUCAUUCUUUUAUACGUGCUACACUAAGCCAUGAGCUUUCAAGACAUCGAGACUGGACUCGCUAGGCCCGCCCAGGCCAAUUCAGUCACCCCACAGUCACGGGAAGACUCUGCUUUCCUAAGCUUACAAUCUUCGCUAUCCCUCCAAGUUUUCAAGAUCAAUUCCAAUGUACAAGGUAUACUCAAACUCGUUGAUCAGUUGGGGACCAACAAGGACUCAGCGACUUUAAGAAAGUCCUUGCAUGAUCUAACAGAGACGACGCGGGCGAUGGUGAAGCGUGGCUCUGAUGACUUGAAGAAGCUCGCUUCACUGCAAACCAGUAACCCACAGCACAAGACAUCUCUACAGAAGACCUCGCACGAUUUGCAAUUGUCUUUGGUGGCUUUUCAGCGCGCUCAGCAGGUUAGCGCGGAGCGUCAGCGAACCGUCGUCGAAGGCGUCAAGUUGGCAGUGGAAGACGAGACACCUCGCGAAAGUGAGGUAAACAGGUCACCACAGCAACGACAAGCUCAGCUACUUCAGUCCCAGUUAUCUCCUCAUGAGCUUGCUUAUCAAGAAUCUCUGAUCCAUGAACGAGAAGCAGAGAUUCGAGAGAUCGAGACCGGCAUUCAUGAGCUGAGCGAAAUAUUCCGCGAUUUAGGUACUCUGGUCAAUCAGCAAGGUAGCAUGUUAGAUAAUAUCGAAUCCAACGUCUAUUCGAUUGCAAAUGAUACGCAAGGGGCUGCCGAGGAACUCUCUACUGCAUCAGAAUAUCAGCGAAAAGCUGGUCGAAGAGCGGCGUGCCUAAUGAUUAUCAUGGUUGUCGUCAUUGCGGUUGUUUUGUUGGCGAUAUUAUCAUAGGACAGCAUCGUUCCCGAUCUUUAUGUCAUGCAGUUUGUGAUUUUUCUAUUAGAAGGACUUACGUUGGUAUUAUAAUUUCUCUCUGUGUUUAUUCAUAAUGUCUAUGCCAGCGAAUAUCUGAUCGUCAAUCUGAUGUACCUUGCACCCCUGUCCCACAGACUCAUUCCCAAAGCGUUUCCUCUUGUAGUUGAUCAUGAGUGUAGUCUCUUUGGGACAAUUUAGUUGAUGUUGACGCCCUUUAGAAUUUACGGGUUUUGCCA